AAACAGUAAUGGCUUCCUCCGAAACGCAGCCCCGCUUCGGUCAAUCUGUCAAAGGUUUAUUGUCUGAUAAAGUAACUUCUUGCAGUGGAGAUGUGAUCGCUUUAACUCGUCAAGUGUUAAAAGGAUCCCGGAGCCAAGAACUACUCAGUCAGGCAGCGAGAAAUAUGGUCAUUCAGGAAGAUGCCAUUCUCCAUUCCGAAGAUAGUCUACGGAAAAUGUCUAUUAUAACGACCCACUUGCAGUACCAGCAAGAGGCCAUUCAGAAGAAUGUUGAACACUCGAAAAACCUGCAGGAUCAACUGAGACACUUGAUGAAAUAAUACUGCUCUUCUAAUAUACAAAUGUAGCCUCCUAUAAUUUCUCUCUCUCUUUUUUUUUUUUUACUGUAAAUCAGUUGCAGGUGAUUACUCAUUGCACACAUUGAAAGACAUUCCAACAUCCUCCUUUUCUCUUGAAAUGCAUUAGAUUUUCAAAUGAAGGCUUUUCUGUUGGAGAUUGUUUUCAGUAUUAAUAUUCGAAAUGAUAGUCAAAUUAACGUCCACCACUUCUGUUUGUUUGACUUGGUACAUUUGCUUUUAGACUUUUAAAUCAGGUUUACAAAUUAGAAAUUGUUAGUCUAUUUAUAUCUUGUUUUAUAUGGUGUAAUUGUUUUGCCAAACAUACUUGAACAUAUUUGUAUAAAAUGUUACACAGCAUUGUUUCAGCACAUUUUGCUAAGCAGCUUUAAUAAAUGGAUGUGGAAAGUUGGA